AUGCAGUUAACACAUCAGUUGGACAUAUUUUCUGAAUGCAGGGUGAUCCUUCUAAUAUUUAAAGAUUUAAAAGUGCUGGAGACUUUAAAAAGGCCACGGAAGACUUAUGGUGCACUGAAAACUCCUACAGUGAUUGCUGACCCUGUUCAGAUACCUAUGGCAGCAAGCAAAGCAGUUCACCUUUACAAACUGGGGAAAAUGAAGACAAGAACUCUAUCUACUGAAAUUAUUUUCAACCUUUCCCCAAAUGACAUUUCAGAGGCUUUAAAAACAUUUGGUAUCUCAGCAGAUGAUUCUUCAAUUUUAAUUGUUUAUAAAAGAGGGAUAGAAGUAAAUCAAAAACAUCUAAAAUCUCAAGUAGAAGGUCACGAGAAUUCUCUGAAAAAUCUUCCUGAAAUAACGAAUAUUUCGGAAGUCAAAAAGAUAUAA